GCGCUCGCUUUGCUGGGCAGCGACAAACUUUCGUCCCUCCCCUCGUUUCUCUUUUGCCAAUUUGAAGCGAUCCCAGUCUGGCCGGUAUUAGUACAAUAAUAGUGUCGCUCUAAGUCAAACAGCUAACUUUGGUUUGGAAUUUCAGAACUCGACACAACUUGGAACACUAGGUUUUCCAAAGUGCAAUCAAUUAAUGAAAAGAGCUGCAAUCGAGCCCGUUUCUGGGAGGCACUUGGGCGCACUCUGUUCAGGUUGGGUUGCCUUGAUACCGGAUUUUUGGAACUUUCCGGAGCGGCAUAAGUGAAAUGGCAGGUGAGACGGUCAUACAGUCCCUGCUUUUCAAGUGUGUAUCCCUGCUGUGUCUUGGCCGCUACUUGUGUCAGAAGGACUGCACAGGAGUGGACUGUCCGCGGCUGAAGUUCUGCAUCGAGGAGGUUCUGGAACAAGAUGCCUGCUGCGCUACGUGCCUGCAGACAGGUUGCAAAUGCGAGGGCUACCAAUACUAUGACUGCGUCCAGGCAGGAUUUCAUAAUGGAAAAGUUCCUGAGGGCGAGUCCUACUUUGUGGACUUUGGAAGCACAGAAUGUUCCUGCCCCCAAGGCGGCGGCCGGAUCACGUGCCACUUCAUUCCUUGCCCCGAUGUCCCGUCCAACUGCAUAGAACUGUCACAGCCGGCUGACGGCUGUGCACAGUGCAAGCGCAUCGGCUGCACCCACCGGGGGCAGAAGUUUGAAGCGGGCCACACUUUCCAGAUGGAGCCGUGUCAGGUCUGCCACUGUCCCAACGAGGGUGGACCUCUCAUGUGCUACCCCAUUCCCAACUGCGACCUGCUGCGAAUUCAGAAGCCUAUGCUGCCAACCCCCAGUGAGGACGAAGCACUUGAAGGCCGCCACAGUAACCCUUUCAUGUAUGACCACGAAGGCAAUGAAGACCGUCUGUCUCAAGCACAUCGAUUUCCUCCUGAUGAGAACUUGCCACCUGCGGAAGAGGAACCGCAUCGAGUAGAUGAGGAAGACUAUGACUACUUGCCUACAGAUAUGCCUUCGCAAGAUAUUUUGCCAACUGAGUCUUCUGUAGUUUGGGUGUCAAGAUCUGAAAAUCCUUCACUGCUGGACAGAUUUGAUGAAAUUGUAAAGCAAGAGCUCAGAGAGAGAUUCGGAAGCCAUGAAGUCGAGGUAAGCAAAGAAAAGGCAACUGAUAGUCUCCAGACGGCGAAUGAGGCCACCCCAGGGCUCCAGGAGACGUCAACUCGAGACAUAGUUCCAGAGACCCAAAAUGGUCAACCAGUGGUUGAUUUAUUGAAAGUAAGGAACAAGGAAGAGAGUCUUGUUCUACUGAAAGAGAACACAGAACCUUCAAUCGUCAGUGAAAAAGAUGUGUUGUAUGUAGUAGACCAAGAACACAAACACAGUCAUACUUUAUCUGAAGCUAACCAAGAACACAAAAUUAUGCAUAGAGGUCAAGUGAAAGAAAUGGACAGUAAUGUCAGCAAACAGGAGCUUUUGACUGAAGUUGAC